GGGAAGUGAAGCUUAUCCAACCAGAACUUGUCUGCUCACUGCAUGCUUUAUUAUCUCCCCCCCCCACUCCAGCAUGUAAAUCUACCACAAAGAAGUUGGAGUUCAAAUAGGACUGUUUUAGCUUCGCUUGAAAUGAUGGAUUGAAAGCUUCAGAACGGAAACUCAGAAGAGCCAGAGUUCCUGAAAAGCAAGUCAGUAAUGCAGCCUAUUGUCCCUGAGUGUCCAUAGCAUGGGGACGGCAGGCUUAGAUUCAGCAAUCAAGCUAAAGGAACAAGCGUUUAAACAAUAAGGAAGUAAACAGGACUGCAAGAGCCCUCUUAUGUCAUACCUCCAAGCACAGUACCAAAUGCAUGAACCUUUACAUGCAACAGAAUCUAUGUAGCCCUCAUCACAGAUGAAUAUAUUUAUUUUGGUGCAAUCAGUGAUGUCACUAUUGCUGUGGAUGAUCCAGUCAGUGAAUGUUUGAUUUUUAUUUUUAAAUCAAGUUUGAAGAUUGAAGAUAGAAGCCAAAAGGAAACAGGAUCAAACGUUUUAUUUUUUCAUACAAACCAAUUCAAAAAUAAAAGGACCAUGAAGGCAGCAGUUUAUUUAUUGCUAAUGACUAUUGUGGGAGUUCGUGCCAGCAACACCCAAGAUUUUGAAAGCAGCGAUGAGGGAGAGGACCAAGAAUUCAUUUACACAAACAGGUAUAAGCGCUCCAGUGACUUACAAGACAAAUGCACUUAUACCUUUAUUGUACCUCAGCAGAAAGUGACAGGUGCCAUUUGCGUUAACUCAAAAGAACCGGAAGUAUCUGAAAACAGGGUAAAUAAGCAGGAACUAGAAUUGCUGAACAAUGAACUACUAAAGCAAAAGAGGCAAAUAGAAACCCUUCAGCAGCUGGUGGAGGUAGAUGGAGGGAUUGUUAAUGAAGUGAAGCUCUUACGAAAAGAGAGCCGCAACAUGAACUCACGGGUCACCCAAUUGUACAUGCAGCUGCUCCAUGAAAUCAUCCGAAAACGGGACAAUGCUUUAGAACUUUCCCAACUGGAAAAUAAGAUACUGAAUCAGACUGCUGACAUGUUGCAGCUUGCAAAUAAAUACAAAGACCUGGAGCACAAGUACCAACAUUUGGUAUCCAUUGCUAAUAACCAGUCUAUAAUAAUUGCACAGCUAGAAGAGCACUGCCAAAAAACACCAUCCAUUCAACCAAUCCCCCAACCUCCACAGCCACCAAACAGAGUCUACCAGCCUCCCACUUACAAUCGUAUCAUUAACCAAAUAUCUACCAAUGAGAUUCAGAGCGACCAGAAUUUAAAGGUUCUACCACCAACUCUCCCAACCAUGCCUUCAGUUACCAGUAUCCCAACUUCUACUGACAAACCAUCAGGUCCUUGGAAAGACUGCUUGCAAGCUUUAGAAGACGGCCAUGGCACCAGUUCCAUAUACCUUGUGAAACCUGAAAACACAAACCGAUUGAUGCAGGUGUGGUGUGAUCAACGACACGAUCCUGGUGGCUGGACAGUCAUUCAGAGGCGUUCGGAUGGAUCUGUCAACUUUUUCAGGAACUGGGAGACUUACAAGCAAGGAUUUGGUAACAUUGAUGGAGAGUACUGGUUGGGCUUAGAAAAUAUUUAUUGGCUGACAAAUCAAGGCAACUACAAACUGUUGGUAACCAUGGAAGACUGGUCAGGCCGUAAAGUGUUUGCUGAAUACGCCAGUUUCCGAAUUGAGCCAGAAAGCGAGUACUACAAGUUGAGACUGGGCCGAUACAAUGGCAAUGCUGGAGACUCUUUCACGUGGCACAAUGGGAAGCAAUUCACUACACUGGACAGAGACCAUGAUGUAUACACAGGUAACUGUGCUCAUUACCAGAAAGGGGGAUGGUGGUAUAAUGCAUGUGCACACUCGAACCUCAAUGGCGUUUGGUACCGAGGAGGACACUACCGAAGUCGAUACCAAGAUGGUGUCUAUUGGGCUGAGUUCCGGGGGGGCUCGUACUCACUCAAGAAAGUUGUCAUGAUGAUCAGACCUAAUCCCAACACAUUCCACUGAAAAUAACUUCUCGUGCCUUUAAUACAAGAAAGAAUAAAAAGGCAACAACCGCUGCAUGUGCUGUCCAAAACACUUCUUCUCAGCAGCAAAGAAUGUAAUAUAUUGUACAUUGAUUGCUAUUAAAGGACUUGUAUAUUGUAUUUUUCAAGAGUCGUUCCAGAACCAAAGCAAUACGAUUUUCAGAGUGUCACUCUUUGUACAAUUUUUCUUUUUUCAAAAAAGAGUUAUCAGGUAAAAUGGACUGUAGAUAAAUUGAGAUGCUAAGAAUACUGCGACAUCAUCUAAAUAUUUUUGUAUGUUUUAUAUAUUCUCAAAUACUGGACAUAUUAAAAAUGUACAGCAAGACUUUUUUAAAAAAUAAAUUCAUUUGACACAGGAAAAUAUAUCCUUUGAUACCAUGUAGCCAGUACACGUACCUUAGAACGUUCCUAAUUUAAACUUUGUUAGUGCUGAGAAGGCGUAGUGCCUGCUUUAAAGUGUCCACACGGUGCCUAGCACAAACUGAACUCCCAAUUUUUCUCAGGGCACUGAGCACUAGUGAAACUUGACAAUGAAUAUUUUUGUACAGGGCAAAACAGUCCAGGUUGUCAUCUUCAUUCUUAAUACACCAGACGUGAUCCAUAAACUGACCAAAUAGGCAUUUUUCUCAUAAUCAAAGCGGUAUCAGCAUUCUUCAAUUGAACACAUAGAUGUCUUAGAAACAUCUUAGAUUUUCCUUAUUCACUGUCUACUUUAUAACCAACAUAAAUCUGUCACAUAAAUGAUAGCUUACGGGUUUCAAGCCAUUUGGAUUCUAAGAAUUGUUACCUACUCUGUAGUCACUGCAGCAACAAAAAGAGCUAUCCAACUUUGCAGGCAAAUGAUGGAUACAAAUAUAGAACCUAUUUAAAUGCCCUUGGACACUAGAUUAUGACCUUUGAGAGAGACUAUUUGAACCUAGAAUUGCCAUAUUUCACUAUUAUUGCCAAGUAUACAUACUGAAAGAUAAUUAUGCAACCAUAUUUAUAAAUAAAGUCCACUGUAGAAACUUGAAUUCAAGUAUUCUGCUGAGGUAAGUUUCCAAAAUAGAUUAUUUUAGCACAUGUUGUAUUGUAACACCUUUCCCCAAUCUGGUGCCCUCCAAAUGUUUUAGAGUACAACUCCCAUCGUUCCUGACGAUUGGCCAUGCUGGCUGGGGCUGAUGGGAGUUGGACCCAAAAUAUCUGGAGGGCACCAGCUGGGGAAUACUGCAUUACAGGAACAAUGAAAACCACACAUUUUCAAACUCUUAUUACCUCAUUAUUUCUUUCCUAACGUACAAUGUGCGUUAAUUUUUUUGGAGUGUGAUGUAGCAUGUCUUGUAUAUAAAUGAAAGUAGGGAUUUUAAUAUAUUAUCAGAUUAUCCUUGUAAUGAUGCAAAUAUGUAAUAAAAGCAACCC